AUGGCCAAUCCUUUCGCCGCCCUGUCCCUGACGGACGAGCGGGACCCCCGGGCCCUGGCGGCGCAGCAGUCAAAGCGCGCGCAGCGGCGCUUGGCGCGCCAGGCCUCUAACAGCACCUCCCCCCCGCGGCGACCGCCGCCGCUGUCUCAGCAGCAGCAGCAGCAGCAGCAGCAGCAGCAGCAGCAGCAGCAGCAGCAGCAGCUAUGGGCAGCCCCCAAACACGCCGCAGACCCACCGCCGCCGCCGGUGUCGUUCGACGCUGCUGCAGCGGCGGCUUCGGCACAGGAGGGUGGCGGCAGGUGGAGCGACGACGGCGGCUGCGAGUGGUGGGGAAGCCCCACCCAGGACAUGGAACGACGGAGCAGCGCCGCCGCCGCUGCCACUGCCGCCGCCGCCGCGCACGCAGGUGGGGAUUCCGAUUGGAUCUUCGGCGCGCCCCCGGCCGCAGCGACGCCACCCAGAGGCGGCACCCAGCAGCGGCAGCAGCAGCGGGAGCAGCAGCAGGCGGCCGCGCGCCGCUCCCCGCCCUCCCCGCUUUCCCCUGGCGGCUGGGGCGGGUGGGACGCCGACCACGUGGCAGCCGGAAUGGCGGCCCUGGAUUUAGACUACGGACCCCGACCGGGCAGCAGCGGCAGCGGCGGCGGCGGCGGCGGCGGCGGCGGCGUGCUGCUGGGUGAAGACUUGGUGAGGCAGCAGGCGGAGCUGUGGGCGCAGCUGCAGCGCCAGGCGCACGAGGCGUCGGCGCGCGCCGCGGCGCCGCCGUCGCCGGCCGCGGCUGCCGGGCCGGCCAGCGGUUGGGGGUGGCCCGAGCUGGACGGCG